AUGAAUGGCGAAUUCGCCAUAUUAUACACCGAACCAAAUCCUAGUAUCAAAUAUGAAUAUUUCACUGACUCACUUCCAAAUGAAAUAGAAACUGAAUCUGUUACUAAGGCGAAUGUUCCUGUGUCUGUGCUUCCUUUUCCCACAAAGCAUAUUAGAAGACAUCAUAGUUUUGACCCUUACCCCAGACCUAGCGUGGGAAUACCUAGAUAUCCUGAUGUAAAGUCCAAUAUACCCAAAGAAACAAGUGAUGAAGAUGAUUUGGAAGAAAAUAUUGUGGGGACGCGAAAAUUUUUGUGGAAAAUAUCUUCCUAUACUCAGUGUACGAGGGGUUGUGGAGGAGGAAUUCAGUUAGGCAAAUAUCGCUGUAUAGAAAUAUCGGGUGGCAUCGAGAAAGAAGUCUCGCCAGUCCACUGUACUGGACCGACCCCAGUUGGUCGAAGACGUAGAUGUAAUAACAUCCCUUGCCCACCAAGAUGGCGGGCUGCAGCUUGGUCGUCAUGCCCUCAAUGUGGACCAGCCACUAGAACUAGAAAUGUGGGAUGUGUUCAGGAUCACUUUAGGGGUAUCACAAAGGUUAGCGAUCAAAAGUGUCCCGAUCCUAAACCUAUUACUUCUGAGUUAUGUAACAUUCCUGAUUGUGUGGAGUCAGCACAUGUGGACUCACGCGUGAUUCGAACCCGGGAACAUACUGACACUUUCCGUGAUGGACCUGUGUAUACUGUACCAGUGAAUAGUUCCGAUUUCGACGUCGGACCGGAGUAUACAGUCAGUAAUACCGCAGGGUGGCUCUACACAGAUUGGUCUGAGUGUAUAGGCUGGUGUGUUGGUGGUGGGAUUCAAACCCGCCGUGUUCGUUGUGGUGAUCCCGCGGGCUGCGUCAAUAUAAUGCCUGAAGUUUCCAGAUCCUGCACUUUGAAGGUUACUUGUGAACCUCACGACGGUCGUUGGUUUACAGGGGAAUGGUCACAAUGUUCAUCGACUUGCGGCGGCAAGCAAAUCCGAGGAGUAUUAUGCAUCGGUGGUAGCGGUCGCCACCUACGAGAUACAGCCUGUAAAACCCAGCGGCCAGACCACGUGAGGAAUUGUGGAGACUCUUGUCCUUCAAGUUGGUAUACCAGCGAUUGGGACCAGGCAAGUUGUCGAGAAUAAAUUAAAAAUAACUAAAAAAGGAACAGCGUAACAUCGAUUUUCUCCAAUCGCUUUCCCACAAAAUUUUAGCACACUGUCGGCAGAAUGAGCAGUAGCAAUUAUUUAAUAUUUUUAUAUAACAUUUCUAUUUAUUGAUUAUAUUUUAUAAGCUAAAAGUAAGAAGGCAAAGUGCAAAAUUCUUAGGUAUGAACAUACUCAAAUCUUGUUUGAAGAUUUUCCAGCAUCACGCUUU